UCGCAGUAAUUUGUAGAGCCUGCGCUGAUGUGUAACGCGCGGAAUUUAAUGCAGCAUCCUUUCCGGCGGCACGUCAAACUAUGGGCACCCACACCGACGCACACUCCGGCUCACAAAGAACGGAAAAACCCACACAACCAGAGGCGCCAAUUAUUGAAUAUGCCCGGAGCACAGAGGCGGUGGUUGGAGGGGGACACUGGGGUUCUGGGAAAACCAUCAGCGCUGAUGCCUUUCCAGCCAAGUGUUGGCACCACUGAUCCGCUUAAUUCGCACGGGAGUCGGAAGACGGCGAUGAGGAGGCGCAGGCCUCCAGUCACCGGAGUAUCGGAGGCGGCAAACACGUAACGCCAUUUUGCGGCGCGUGAUGGGAAUCGCUAGCGAGGACGUGUGCAUAUGCCUACACAGGAGCAGGAAAAGCGGGAAAAUCGGGAAACCCGCGGCGAGAAGGGACGGGGGACAUAAGUCGGCCUGUGAGUCGGCGGUCCACGCACGUCCUUGCAUUUAAGUGCCAAAUUAGGAGGAGGCCUUGGCCAGCGAGUCCUUGCACAUGGCUGCUGGUCAUAAAUCAAACGGUCGAUGCAAUUUAUGGCCCUGCCAAUUCAAUGAGCCGCCGCCGCUGCUGCUGCUGCCGUCUCAUCAUGACCCAUUACUAUUAUUAUUGCUGUUAUUACGGAUCCCGGCUGGAGUCCCAGAAUUAAUUAAGUUUGCUGAAAAAUGCAAUCCGGCAAAUAGACAAUGGCAGCAGCUGGUCCUUCAGCCUUUCUUGUGUUCCCUGGGGUCCUUGGGAUCCCUGCGUCCAGUUGGAGUAGUUGCCUCCUGAUUGAUGUGGCACCUCGCAGCAGCUGGCAGGAUAUCCAAGCCGGCUGACUGAUGCAAUUUGACACAUGACACAGCAAGCUGCAUGGUAAGUUGGCCAGUACUGAAAGCCAACAAGUUGCUGAAGUCUUCUCAAAGAA